ACUGUCGUCCCUGACAGUUAAACGUUGGCAUUCAUCAUUCACGCGGCAACGUUGUAGUAAUUAAUAUCACAGAAGAAAAUUCAAACGAUACAAAAUCUCAUUCUGUUAAGUAAGAGUGUUCUUUAAAAAUGUGCUUGGUGAAAAAUAUCGUUGCAGCCUCAUUUGAGUUAAUCGCUAGAGACAAGAAUUAAUAUAUCCGUGUACUAUAUACAUAUCUUCUUCAUCUCCAAUUCUGUGUGACGAAAAUGCGUGGUGUUACGGAAAGAACGCCUUUGACAAGGCGUAUGAAUUCACCUGAUUACGUCGAAUUCGGCAGCGUCUUGAGGACUCGACGAGCGCGGCUCCGACAGUUUCAAUGCUGCGUCUGCGGCAUCCUGAUAGUGGUCUUCACCAUGGCUCUGGUGGUAUCUGUCAGUUAUUCCAUGCAUCACACUAAUUCCACCGACCCUGCGACCGACAAUACGACGUCUUCCGGUGAUUUGGGUAGUAUUUUGAGAUUAGGAUACGCACCAGGGUCUACUUCGCAAACAUUCUUCAGCACCACGGUUAGCGUGAUGGUGGAACCCGUCUUAGUAUCCAGUGAGAGUAUCGACACUUCGACGAAGAGCCUCAGUCGCCAAGAAUACAUACAGGGAUUACAAGCUGGCGAAGAGGCGAUGAGAGAUCGCCUCUUCGCGGAUAUGAUCGCGGCACAAUCACCAUUACCGUCUCCGUCUCCGGAAUCCAGGCAUCGCUACGCUGUAAACACAUGUCGUAACGUUAGCACCUUCGCUUUAGCGGCGGUGGGCGAAAUCGCGGCGACGAGGAAGAUUGAAAAUAUGAGAUCCGCUCGUGAUGAGCCAUCGGCGAUCGACACCUUCUUCGACAGCGGUUGGGUGCCGAAGAGCGUGUGCGAACGAUAUUCCAAUCAUACAUGGAAGACCGGCAAAUAUAGAACCAUCGACGGCACCUGCAAUCGUCCGAAUCAAUGGGGUUCCAGUCUGACACCCUUCAGAAGAGUCUUGCCAGCCGAUUACGCCGACGGAAUCGAGUCGCCUCGAAAGGCACGGUCCGGGAAAGGGUUGCCGUCCGCCCGAGAAAUCAGUCUAAAGAUACAUGCGCCUUCACCCAGCACUAAUCCGUCCUUCACAGUAAUGUUGGCUGUGUUCGGCCAAUUCUUGGACCACGACAUCACCGCCACUGCGUUGAGUCAGGGUAUUAACGGAAGCUCCAUAUCCUGCUGUCCGCCGUCGAAACGACAUCCCGAGUGCUUCCCCGUACGAAUAGACACCGGUGAUCCCGUGCACGAUUUCACCGGUAGAAACUGCAUGGAUUUCGUGAGAUCGGCGCCAGCUCCGCAGUGUAAACUCGGUCCUAGGGAACAGCUCAAUCAAGUCAGCGCCUUCAUCGAUGGCUCGACGAUCUACGGUUCUGACGCGUCCACCGCCCGUGAUCUGCGCGAAUUCAGUGGCGGUCGCUUAAGAAUGCAGCUCACUCCCGAUAACAGGACUCUGCUGCCGCCAAGCAGGAAUCCCAGCGACGGCUGCAACCGUGAAGCCGAGCGACGUCGCGGUCGUUAUUGCUUCACCGCGGGUGACGCCAGGGCGAACGAGAAUCUGCAUUUGACCACGAUGCAUCUUCUCUGGGCCCGACAGCACAAUCGUGUCGCCGAUCAGUUAGCUACAAUUAAUCCUGAUUGGAGCGACGAGACGCUUUAUCAAGAAGCGCGACGUAUCGUCGGCGCUCAGUUGCAGCACAUCACAUAUCGCGAGUUCCUUCCCAUCGUCUUGGGCGACGGUAGGAUGAACAAGCGCGACUUGAAGCCUUUAAGUUCGGGCCACAGGAAGCGAUCGGAUGAUCCGGACGAGCCGAGCAAUGAUCCGACAAUAGCCAAUCACUUCGCGGCAGCGGCUUUUCGUUUCGCUCAUACUUUGCUACCGGGACUAAUGAGAAUGACCGACGCCGAGAAGGACACGUCGUCCUACAUGGAGCUACACAGGAUGCUCUUCAACCCAUAUAGUCUCUACUCCGAGGACGGUAUCAAGCGUUCGGUGACCUCAGCAACGACUAACGUCAUUCAGAGGUACUCUACGCACGUCACUUCGCAGUUGACUAAUCAUCUUUUCGAAGAUCCCAUAGGCAAUUCCACGGUAGCUUGCGGCCUUGAUCUGGUGUCGUUGAACAUCCAACGAGGACGAGAUCACGGAUUACCAGGGUACAUUAUGUGGCGGGAGUACUGUGGACUGGGAAGAGCGCGGACGUUCAGCGAUCUCGAAAGAUACUUGGAUCGACAGACUCUGCAGCAGAUAUCGAUUCUCUACGAGUCCGUCGACGAUGUAGAUCUGUACACUGGCGCGUUGGCGGAGAUCCCGGAGUCGGACAGCCUGGUCGGGCCCACGUUCGCGUGUUUGAUCGCUGAUCAGUUUACGCGUCUACAAAAAGGCGAUCGUUAUUGGUACGAGUUCGCAGAGCAACCUUAUCCUUUUACAGAAGAUCAGCUUAUGGAGCUGCGCAAGAGUUCACUGGUGAAGUUAAUAUGCGAUACUUCCGAUGGUGUUACGCACGCCCAAAUGGAAGUUAUGCGCUCUGCUGGCCGUGAUAAUCCUAUGAUAUCUUGUGAGGACAUAUCAGGGCCUUCCUUUGCGCCGUGGAGGGAAAAGCGCGCCUCUCACUCUAUGGAGUAGUUAUAAUAGUCUUAUAAGUGAAGUCUUAUAAGUAAAGUUUACGCAUAAUUACGAGCUUGUACGCGUGUAAUUGUUUACAAUAGAAUAGAAUAUAUUUACGUGUUACUGCUCAGUGCAAUAUUUAUACGAGACGAGAAUCAAACAGGUUCGAGUAAACUUUACUACAAUAUUACGUCGUUUAUUAAUUAUAAUUUUCACUUCUUUUUUUUGCGAUUUUCGUACGCAUUUUGAUAGCUUUUUUACACCCUUAGUAUAAAGAUUAACGAUGUAUUCCUUUAUGUAUUGUCAUAAUAAAGUCUUGUAAGAUUA